AUGAAAACAAAAAUCAAAGCUCUUAUAACAGGUAAUUUUAGAUAUGAGAUCUCAAAAGACCAAGUGAUAAAAACACUUAUGAACGAAGAGAUAUCCAUAAAAACAUACAACAAUUUUAUAUUCAAAACGUUGUUAGGGUGCAAAGGUCCGUUUGAGGCUGUUAUCAGGCCUGCAAAUGCAUUGAACACUAAUAUCCUCUUAGACAAGGAAUUCAUUAAGAACUUAUUUUUAGUAAAUAGAAAAGGAGAGGAACAUGCUUCGGACAAAAAGACUUUAUUCGAAAAGGAAAGAGUCUCAAUAGGAUAUUAUGCCGAUACACUGCAUCUGUCGUAUAGGUUAGUAAGCAGGAUGAUGACAAAGGAUGAAGUGCUGGCAAGAUUUAAAGAGUACUCGGCCAGAUUGGGGCUGAGUAGUAAUAUUGGAAGGGAAUGCGCCGAAUAUUUAAGAAAAGGAUUGCAAACAUAUAUUCAAAAAAUAAUGAAUAGGUGUAAUGGAAAGAUAACAAUUCCUACUCUUAAAAUCAGUUUGGGGAAAUAUCUACGUUUAUUUAACGGACUAGACAUGUUUUAA